GACCCGUGCGGUGGUCGGACGCGCAGAUGCGUCAGAGCGAAGGAAGGGCGGCGCGUCGGUGCUGAGGUGAUCCCCAGCUUUAAAAGCGCACAAGUUCUCUGUGCGCCGAAGCAGUGCGUCACGGAGACCCAACAGAGGCAGGAUCCCCCAACAAAGAGUCAGAUAUCUCAGCACAGCGACGAAGAUAGCCUUUCUUAGCGCAAACGUCUGCAUCCUAGUCAUGACCUUAUUCCACGUGUUUUAACAUUUCGUCGCUUAUUUUUCUUCCCCCCCACUUUGAAUGCAUUUCCCCCCUCCUGUAUCUGAAAGAAUAGAGAACCAUCGUUUUUCCCUUCCACCGAAAUAAUUUGUGAUUUCUGAUCGUGGUGAAACAGCGAGAGAGGAUCCUGAGCAACAGCUGGGGGAAUUUAUCCGCUCCACUAUAUGGAUAAGGAAUCGUAUCCGCCUGCAGCUGUACUCAGAGUUUGAUCUCAGAAGUUGCUCUGCUCAAAGGGGAAAAUGAAAUCUGCUGAAGAGGAUGCAUAUGGCUACACGCCAAACGUCAGUCUCUCUCUCCCAUUGGGCAACCCUUGUCUUCCCUCCCAGUACCACAGCCUGCAGUCCAGCCCUGCCAUAUCUGUCUCUGUCAGCGAGCCUCACAGUUAUGACUCCCAGGAUGACAUGAGAGCGGCCGGAUACUUUUCAUCCACAAGCAUCCGCCCAAACGGAGCCCCGACCUUGGAGAGCCCUCGUAUCGAGAUCACAGCUUACGGUCAGUUUCCUGAGGAUGAGGUGGAGGAAAGCAACCUUCCUGUUGCUAAGAGAGUCAACUCCAUAGUGACACUGACCAUCCCUAGUGCAGAUGGCUACCGUGACCCCAGCUGCCUGAGUCCGGCCAGCAGCGUCUCAUCACGUAGCAACCUGUCCGAUGCAUCCUCCUAUGAGUCAAGCUUCUCCUACAAUUACGACAACUCACCCCAGAACUCCCCCUGGCAGUCUCCCUCUGUGUCCCCCAAGGGCUCCACCCUCACCCUCCCCAGCGACGGCUGCGCCUCCGGUGGCUCUCCUCGUCACUCCCCCUCCACGUCCCCUCGCACGAGUAUAACGGACGACACCUGGAUGGGACAGCGUGGCUCCAGGCCCAAUUCCCCCUGUGGUGCAAAGAGGAAGUACAGCUUAAAUGGCAGCGGAGCGCCACAAAAGCACUUCCCUUAUUCACCCAACCACUCCCCAGGUCUGUCCCCACAGACAUCUCCUCGCCUCAGUGUCACAGAGGAGACCUGGCUGCCAAACACCAACCAGUACACCAACUCAGCCAUCCUGGCAGCCAUCAAUGCCUUGACCACAGAUGGAAUGGCUGACCUCGGAGAGGGAAUCCCCAUGAAGGCCCGAAAAACCAGCCUGGAGCCCAGCACCACCAUCAACCUGAAGGUGGAGCCUAGAGGUGAGGAGCUGAGCCCUAGGGAGCUGUGUCAGGAUGAGCACCCAGCAAAUCGCAUGUCCCUGAAGAAGGAGGGCUACUGCGGUGGGUUUCUGGAUGUACCACAACACCCAUAUUCCUGGUCAAAGCCAAAGCAGUAUGUCAGCCCGUCUUUGCCAGCUCUCGACUGGCAGCUGCCAUCCAGCUCCGGGCCGUACAGCCUGCAGAUCGAAGUGCAGCCCAAGUCCCACCACCGAGCCCAUUACGAGACAGAGGGCAGCAGGGGAGCAGUGAAGGCUCUGGCGGGAGGACACCCAGUCAUUCAGCUUCACGGCUACAUGGAGAGCGAACCCCUGACUUUGCAGCUGUUCAUCGGCACAGCUGAUGACAGGCUGCUGAGGCCACACGCCUUCUACCAGGUCCACCGGAUCACAGGCAAGACGGUGUCCACCCCGAGCCACGAGGCCAUGCAUAACAACACCAAGGUUCUGGAGAUCCCACUGCUACCAGAGAACAACAUGCGGGCCAUAAUCGACUGCGCGGGAAUCUUGAAGCUGCGUAACUCGGACAUAGAGCUGAGGAAGGGGGAGACCGACAUCGGACGCAAGAACACGCGUGUGCGGAUGGUGUUCAGGGUUCACAUCAACCAAGCCACGGGGAGGACGGUGUCUUUGCAGGUGGCAUCAAACCCCAUCGAGUGCUCUCAGAGAUCAGCCCAAGAGCUGCCGCUGGUGGAUAAGCAGAGCCUGGAGACGUGUCCCGCCCCCGGAGGGGAGAGGAUGCUCCUCGAUGGACACAACUUCCAGCACGACUCCAAGGUGGUGUUCGUGGAAAAGGCUCAAGACGGUCACCACAUCUGGGAGACUGAGGCCAAGGUUGAGAGAGACGCCUCGAAGCCUAAUUCGCUUCUUGUUGAAAUCCCUCCCUACCGAAACCAAAGACUGUCCACUCCCGUCCACGUGAACUUCUACAUCUGCAAUGGCAAGAGGAAAAGAAGCCAGUACCAGCGCUUCACCUACGUCCCUGCCACCGUUCCAACAAUAAAGACGGAGCCUCGCGAUGACUAUGAUGCUCCUCUGAUGUGCACCCAACAUGGCCCUGGCUUGUCCUUACUCCCAAAGCCAUAUUACCCCUCACAAGUCAUGGCCCCGAUGAUGACCUCUGACCUCAGGCCAUGUGUUGUUGGCGGGCCUUAUUCAGCCAGCCAGCAGAAACUUGCAGCCAAGCCCUCCUCCUCCUCACCUCCAAGCACCAGCCCUAAACAGCACGAUCUCCCACCCUCACCCUUCUCAAAAUGCCUCCCUGCGAGCCCGGCCGUCCAACAGCCGGGCUCGCAGUCCCCGAUCCCGCACGUCUCUAUCAUUCAGGAGACUCCCGGGCGCUACCAGCCACCCAACCUCUACUCGCCCAGCAGCUGCUCCUCCUCCCCAACCUCGCAGGCCUCCAGCCCGACUGACGCCCCCUUUUCUCCAACCCACUGCAUGACACCAGCGCAGCCGGUGAGCGGCAGCACAAGCCCAGCCGCUCAGCAGCACCCCAAAGUGCCAGAGAGGGCUCGCUCUUCCCUGCAGGAGGAUGGCAGUCCCUCGCCACUGGCUGUCAGCAUCAAACAAGAACCACAAGAGCUGGACCAGAUGUACCUUGAUGAUGUCUCAUGUGAAAGCCAUUGAGCCAGAUGUGGCGCAUGAUGAUGCGUAAGAAAAAUAUCUGCACGGCAUAAUUCAUCCAUGAUUUGGAUAGUUACCGGACAGGUGAUGACAUGAUGUGGAGGCCUGACGAUGUCUUGAUGUCCUAAAUUUACAGCCGGCGGCCUGGCUCGACGCGCGCGUUGAGAAGUCGGUGUAAUAACGUGCCCCUGAGGCCUGAACUCGGCUGUUAUAUCCUUCCACCUCCAGAUGCACAGAAGGUCAAAGCCAGAUCAAAUAGAGGAGAGGAGGUCAGUCGGUUCAGUCGGGCCAGGAGAGCACACAUGGCGGUGGAGCGACAGACUGUAGGAGGGUGGAGAUGAGGUUUGGGAGUUUAUUUCUUCAGGUUCAAGUAUGUCUUCUGGUAACACCGGUCUCACAUUCGCAUGAGUGGUGGCAGUACGCUGUCCUGGUGACGCACGUCAAAAGCAUCUCGCCUUACCAUAUGCACACAAGAACAGACCGUUCUGAUUCUACUGUUACAACAACAGAACCUGAAGCUAAAUUCUGGAGAGUUUAGAUUGCGUGCAGCCAAGUCAAGCCUCCUUCAAGACGAUUUCAUGACCUCAGCUGCAAGAUGGAGUCCACUGCACAAGAAGUCACUGCCGGUUUGCACUGAUGAAUCAUUAGAGGCUUUGCAACGAAUUUCAAAUGAAGCACGAAUAAAAGUAGCCGAUGAUUAGCUGUAGGUUUAUUUUCCAGUCUUUUUCCUACAUUUGCUGAGGUGAUCAACUUGUCAACGUUGUUUAAGCACCAAAACUGUGCUGCUGUUAUUGCGCAAUGUUCGGCUAUGUCGUUGAUUUAAAUUGUUGCUGCCGCAGUCAUAAUUUUCACGAUGCCAAGCAGGUCUGACAAAUGGUUCAAUUUUCAAGGAUAAGUAGAAAAUCCUUAAAUUUGAAAAGUUGUAGUCAGCAAUAUUCUGAGUGAAGAAAAAUGCCUUGAUUUAUUAUUUGAACUUCAGCACGUCAUCCUGACCACACGCCU